AUGCAAAACGACGGUGGAGAAGUUGUUGAUACAUAUAUACCAAGGAAAUGGUGAGAUUGAGUUGUGCUUGGAAAGAAUAGAGCAUCUGUUGCAAACCAUAUUUUAUGAUCAAAAAUAUUCAUAUUAUCAAAUAUACAUUUCUGCCAAAAAGGAGAGGGGGGUCAGGGGUAGAGGGUUUUUAUAUAGCGACUGUCCAUCAAUUUUGCCCACUUUGCAGACUUGUCUCAUGGAAGGGGUAAGGCCUGUUUCAUAUGUCGCACAAUAUUGUUGAAUUUAAUUCAGACAAAUUUAAUUGAACAAAUUGAAUGUGACGGUAGUGCAUCGUAUGAAACAAAUUAAAUUUGUCGGAUAAAUUAAAUUUGUCCAAUCCGUCAUGACCAGGUGGAUACAAGAUCUGCCUGACUGGAACGUUUAGAAUUUGCGCAACCGAGAUUUCAAAAAUGUAAUAGUAAAUAUAUAGAAAGCAUCAACGCCCGAUAUCUUGGUUGCGCAAUACAAACUUUCCACAAUUGAACGUCUGUAGAGCGUCUUUGUUUCAUACAACGUCUUAUCGUCGUAUCAAAUUAAAUGCAUAAAUUAUAUGUUAAAGUCUACGGCUUGAAUGUUAUGCCAUAUUCCAUCGCCUUUAACAUAGUGGUCAUAAUUUAUUUUUAGCUCUGUCACAAACAGAAUUAUUGCCGCAAAAGACCAUGCUUCCGUUCAAAUCAACGUUGGCGAGGUACCGUAGAUGCUAUCUCGUUUUCUGCUUGACUGUAUUGAACCCUUCAAGUGGUAGUGUGCCCUGAUGCACCCUACAUUAGGCCUAAAAAAAAUAAUACCUGUGGUUCCGGUUCCCGACCGACCCUAUUUUUCUCUGCCGACCCUAUUAUUUUUUCAAUGCGAUUGACCAUACAACCCUUUUUCUCCGGGUGGUUGCGGGCUGCUGCCAAAAUGGCGUCUGUUGUCACACUAAUUAUUGAAAAAACCAUGAAAAAAAUAUUUUAAAAAAAUUAUUUCCGACCUACCGACCCUAAUUUUUUUGCGAUAUGAAACUGGAACCACAGGUAUUUUUUUUUAGGCCUUAUUAUUCUACUCUAUUUUUUUACUUGUCAAGUGGAAAGUACUGCUCUAUUUUUUUACUCUAUUAUUUUGCUUGGCACUUCAUGCUAUUAAAUAAGUGUGUUUAUGAAUAAAUGUAGGUUUGUAUGAUUGAAUAUACUUUCUAAACAACCUUUUCAGCUUGAUGAGAACGGACGAUACACAAACAAUUUCAAGACUUAUGCAUUCAGUGGUUUCCUGCGAAAUUCUGUAAGGAAUGUUUUGAAUUGUUGUCAAUUUGUGUAGUUUUAACUGUGAAUUCUUGUGAUAAUUUUUAUUUAAUUUUAUCUCCCAGGGUGACUCUGAUGAAGCUCUUGUCAGACUGUGUAUCAAGGAUGGCGUUGUUUCACCGUAAGUUUUCCCCGCUGAAUAUGUUCCAGUGUUGUAUCAUGUCUAAUGAAAUGUUUCUCUCUUGCAGAACCAUCACAGAAUGA